UACUACUGAACUAAUUUACUUUUUGUUAAAUUCCUCAACAAAUCUGUACAACAAUAGCCUGUUGUAAAUACGUUACAUAUCAGUGUGCAUUGAACCACAAAACAAAUAUGAUCAGAUUUAUAUCUGUUGUAUCAAGGGAAAUGGAGUGUGUUUCAGCCUUUCAGGUUGAUGUUGAGGGAGGAGACGCAUCCCAGACCUCCUCCAGUGAGCAUGCAGCUGGGAGGCGUGAUUUUGCACACAUACAUACUUUGUAAUUAGCCCUCUCCCUCAUUCAACAUCCUGUACAGGCCAUGACCCCUGCACACAAACAAGGGGCUGCAGGACGAGCUGCCCAGUGUUAAUCUUCUCCCACUCCCCAUCUAUCCACAUUUUCCUCAGGAUCAUAACGUCAGGAAAUUUUCAGGAGGAUUGUCUUGAUUCGGCCAAUUGAAUUUUGAAGAAGCAACGGCCACAAUGGAGUAUGCACCAGUAAUAGGACUGAGUCUUCUCUUGGCGUUAAGUCUGGACCCGCUACAAGUCAAUAGCCUGAGAUCCAUUAGAGAGACCACGGAGAAACAUCCGCCAAGUUCCUCGGACGUCAAAGCGGGCCGUUGCUCCUAUACGUUCAUCGUUCCCCAGCAGAAACUAUCCGGAGCGCUGUGCUUGGACACGAAGGCCGCCAGCACUGCCGCCAACCAGUCGGAGGUGGCUGCGUUGCGGGCGGAGCUGAAGCGCCAGCAGGAGCAGCUGGAGAGCCUGCAGACCCUGCUGGAGCAGGAGGGCAGCUUCGUUACGGAGAUGAGAAUCCUGCGCAAGGAGAGCAGCGGCAUGAACUCCCGCAUCGCCCAGCUCUACAGCCAGCUGCUGCACGAGGUCAUCCACAAGAAGGACCAGGCAUUGGAGCAACGCAGGGUGGAGAACCUCCUGCUUAACGCGACAACGCAUGCGCUACAGGUGGCCAGCAACUUCAGGGAGCUGGAGAAAAAAUACGGUGCGCUUACGUCAAUGAUGGGCUCCCAAAGUCAACUGAUUGCCCGGCUGGAGAAGCAAUGCCAAUGUAAGGAGGCCUCCCAGUCUGACCCGGUGCAGAUGGAACCGCCAAAAAGCCGCUUCGGCGCUCUCCUUAAUGACAGCUCUGAAAUCAGCAACGAUCUUCAAAGGGACCAAAAUGCUCUGCAGCAAGACAACCCUUUGGGAGCGCUUCUGAUUCCCAGCACCACCGCCAGUCCUCUGACGGCCCAGCCUAUCAUUAGCUUCCCUGUCACCAAGACCCCAGGGCCGUGGCGGGACUGCCAACAAGUGCUGGACUCCGGCGAGACGACCAGCGGCAUCUACCUGCUCCGCUUGCAGAGCGCCAAUCGACUCCUGCAGGCCUGGUGUGAACAAAAUCAAGCUCAGGGAGGCUGGACGGUCAUCCAGAGGAGGCAGGACGGUUCCGUCAAUUUCUUCAGGACCUGGGAGCAGUAUAAGCAAGGCUUUGGGAACCUGGAUGGCGAGUACUGGCUGGGCCUGGAGCACCUCUACUGGCUGGCCAAACAAACCAAAUACAAGCUGCGUGUGGUUCUGGACGACUGGCAGGGUCGGCAGGUGUUCGCAGAGUACGACAGCUUCCGGCUAGAGUCGGAGAGCGACGGGUACCGACUGCGGGUCGGGCAGUAUCGCGGCAACGCGGGCGACUCGCUAUCGUGGCACAACAACAAGGCCUUCACCACUCUGGAUCGCGACAAAGACGGCUACACAGGUAACUGUGCCCACUACCAGAAAGGAGGCUGGUGGUAUCACAUGUGCGCCCACUCCAACCUGAAUGGCGUGUGGUAUCGGGGCGGGCACUAUCGCAGCCGUUAUCAAGACGGCGUCUACUGGGCGGAAUUCCACGGAGGCUCCUACUCACUCAAGCGGGUCCUCAUGAUGCUCAAGCCCAUAUAGUGUGUUUGCAUCACAACCGUGGGAGGGAAUGCGUGUCCGUGCCUUGUACGGCGUUGCACAAUCCUUCCUCUCUUUUUGCUGCUUUAGAAG